AUGGAUCACCAAAUAACCACUGCAAGCGACUUCACAACUACUUCAAUACCGAACCUGUACCAAUUGGAUACACUUUUAAGAUGUCACAUUUGUAAAGAUUUUCUAAAAGUCCCCGUUUUGACACCUUGUGGUCAUACAUUUUGUUCCCUUUGUAUUAGAACUCAUUUAAAUAAUCAGCCAAAUUGCCCUCUUUGCCUUUUUGAGUUCAGGGAGUCCUUGCUAAGAAGCGAAUUCUUGGUCAAUGAAAUAAUUCAAAGUUACACAUCCAUACGAUCUUCCUUACUGAAUGCACUAAAAAUACGAAAGCCUAUUCCUGUUCCCGGAAAUGAGGAAGUACCAAAUCCACAAGAUUCUUCAUUGAUAGAGGUCAUAUCAGAGUCUGAAAAUGACAGUCCAAACGCCGCUGAUGAUGAUUUGCAAAUUGUUGCAACAAGUGAAAGAAAACUCGCCAAAAGAUCCAUGACUGAUAUAUUACCACUAAGUUCCAAACCAUCUAAAAGGAAUUUUACAAUGUUCAGAAGCGAAAGAAUCAAGAAAAAACCAAAGCCAAAUGAGCAAAUGGCCCAGUGCCCCAUAUGUCAACAAUUCUAUCCUCUUAAGGCCCUUGAAAAGACACAUUUGGAUGAAUGCCUAACUUUGCAAUCGUUGGGUGAAAAACCAAAAGUUCCUACUAACUUCCCUGUUGACUCAAAAUCGCAUGACAAAGACACAUUUAAAUUCAAAGUACAAACUCCAGAAGUGGAUAAAAGUCCUAGUGAUGAGACCUCACAUGUGGAUAAAUAUUUAAAUUCAAUGACAAGCGCAGAACACCAAAGAUUACCAAAGAUCAAUUUUACGUCCAUGACUCAAUCCCAAAUAAAACAGAAACUGUCAUCGUUGGGGCUGUCAACUAACGGCACCAGACAAAACAUGAUUAAAAGAUACAAUCAUUAUGAGAUGCUUUGGAACUCAAAUUUUUGCGAUUCUCUAGAACCUGUUGAUGAAGCUGAAUUAAAAAGACAGUUGUUAAGCUGGGAUGUUUCACACAAUAAAAUGCCUCAAAAUAACAACAACAAAGGUGGAAUUUCUAAAUUAAUGAUGAUGAAAAGUAAUGGAAGAUCCUCUUCAUACAGGAAAUUACUCGAAAAUUUUAAAAACGAUAAAUUUAAUAGAAAAGGAUGGAUUGUUAUGUUUCAAAAAGAUUUCACUAGACUUAUCAGAGAAGCAAAACUGAAAAUAAAAAAAGGCUCAUCGGACGAUUCAAGUUCACCAAUGCGGACUGAUGGUGAAAAUGGUGUUGCACAAGUUCAAAGUGUCCAGGGAAUUAGGGAUCAGCAAAUGGAGGGGAACCAGGAAACUGUCAUUAACGAAGAUAAAUUGGUUAAUGAAGGAAAUUUGCCUAACGAAGAUUUAACAGAUGCCGACUUAUCAAGAGAAUUAAUGGAUUUGAAUGAAGAGAGUAAAGACCCCCCCGGUAACGAUUAA